AAAAAAACCUGGUGUCUGGUCAGCAAUUUUAAAUGUGUUAGAUCGAUGAGCUGUUGCUGCUUAACACGGAAUAAUAAUUGUGUUUAGACAAAAGAAAACAGUAACUAGUUACAAGGUCAGCUUUAUCAAAGAGUUUGUUACAUCCAAUUAGACCUCAUUAGUCAGGAAACCGAAACCAAGGAGAAUUUGCAGAAAGAAAUGGCAAUGGAGAGCACAAAAGCAGUGGAAGUGGAGCUGGAGGAGAUCGCCACGGCUGAAGAGAAAGAGGAAAAAGAAAGUCGGGAGACAAAAGAGGUUGAAGGGAAUGUAUACUCUGCUCUGAGUCACCCCUCUGAUCAUGUAUAUGGUGAACCUGCUCCAGCUCGUACCUAUUCAGUCAAUGAAGAUAUUGAACGGAAGGUUCGUGUUUACCGCAUCAUUUCAGUGGUGCUUUUUACCAUCUGCCUUCUGUUGACGAUUGUUGUCUUCGUACUCUUUGUAAAGGUGAUUGGGAAGCAGUCAUGUCAGAUUGUAGAACCAAAAGAAAUGCCAGCGCCAGAAGAAUGCAACCUGAAGAAAUGCCAAGAAAUGUACCAACUGCAGACUUCGUGCAUGCACCAUGACUGUGGAAGGGGCUGGCUGCAGUUUGAGAACUCUUGUUAUUUCUUGUCCAAAACCCGCCUGAGUUGGCGUGAGAGUAGGGAGGAGUGCCAGAAGAGGGGAGGAGAUCUUGCCAUCAUUACUAAAGAAAGUUUGCAGAGAUAUCUGAGUGAAAAGGGCAAUGUGCGCUACUGGAUUGGGCUCAAUCAAGUGGGGACAAAUCAAUGGAUAUGGAACAACAACACUGUAUUGACAGUGAGAUAUUGGGGUAACAAACUUUUGGAUGGUAAUUGUGCUCUCCUGGCUGCAAAUGAACAACCUGAACGAAGCUGGCACCAAUAUGCCUGCAACAUGUACUUACACUACAUCUGUCAGAAAACAAGAGCUUAAGAUCUGCUCAAAUACACCAGCUAUCAAAAUCACAUACAUAUACAUCAGUAACAUCAUUUAGCUACAUAUCAGGAUGUCAGAACUCCUAAUCAAAAUCACAGCAAUCAAUACAGCAUUUUUUUCAAGGCUUUUUUUCUAACUUACAAUGUGCAUUACAAAGUAUACCUUUACACAGCAGAGAAAGGUGUUUAGUAUUAUCCAGUUUAUUUGUCAGUAUAGACCCUUUUACAGCUCAUGUGAUCAAAUAGCCUGCACGUGCAUUUCGGCCACGGAAGUGGUGUUGUUCCCCAGUGGUUCUUAUGUGGUAGCAACUCGGAAAGUUUAUUAAAAAGGUUUCCCAGCGUCAAAAUGUCUGGUUGGUUGCCCUAAUAUAAUAUUCAAAUAUAUGUAUAUGCAACUUAAUUUUUUCGCCAUCUGCUAACGUCUUCUAUCCACUCCACUAUAGUACACGGAUCUGGUUGCUCUGUUGAUAAAGUCAACUUUUUUUAAAAUAACUUUCUCUGUCUGUGUUGCUUCACUGCUGAUUCUUGCCACACUUCCGUUGCCAAACUGCGCGCGCAUACGCUGCCACGUCAUCGUUGUGUACAAACAGUAAAAGGGUCUAUUGGAAUUGGACACAAUUUAACUAUACCAAUCACAUACAGAGCCUUUUUUGCACAAGCAUAAAUGUUGUACUAAUGUAUCUUAUUUUAAAAUGCUCAUUUUGUAUUGCUUAAAUAAACUUCUACACUGAUAUUUAACAAAA